AAAAUCAUGUGACUGACUCCAGGCGGUUAUGAAUAGAUUACACAGUGUGUUGCAGGAGGUUGGCAGGACUCGAGCACUCGCCCACGUGUUUGCCAGAGACAAGAAUUGUUUCCUGUUUAGUUUUCAGGGAAACUAGUAGCUGUCGUGUGUUGGAGUCCCCCUUUCUGUCUUCCCUCCCCUUUCCAACCCUCCCUCCUUUCCGUCUCCUCUUCUGUGCUCUAUAUGUGGCUCUUGUGGAAUCUGCUCCAAAUGUUUUCCAUAUUAGUUCAGAGUCUUUUCUGAUUCCGAAUAGCAGGGAUCGCGUAGGGAGCAAAGCCUCCAGUGAGGAGGGAGGGGAAGGGCAGGGCAAGGGAACAGUCCAGUUAAGAGAGCAAAAGAAACACCAGGCGAGAAAGAAAAGGAAGGACAAACAGACAGAGGGCGAGUGCAAGAACGUCCAGUCGGCCUCAAAGGAAGAUUAAGAAUCUCAGCACGAGACGGGAGGAAUUAUGGGGUCGGCUGGAGGAGGCAACGCAAACGCUGGCAAGGAGAAGAAGGGACAAGCAGAAACUGGAGGCCCAGUGCCGGAGGAAGCCCAAAAAUGUUGUGGCUGCCGCUUUCCUUCGCUGGUCGCUCUGUUACAGCUUUUGCUGGGCGUCGCAGUAGCUGCUGUGGCUUUCCUCAUGGUUGCCAUUAGCUCCUCUCUGCUGGCCAGGGAGACGCCCCACUGGGCCGGCAUCAUUAUGAUUGUGGUGUCUCUGCUGGGAUUCAUCCUCUUCUCUGAUGAGAGAGCGUCGGCUCAAUUUAUUGUAAAGCUCCUGUACUUCUUCCUGUGCACGAUGGGGCUGGUCAUUUCCGCAGUGGUCAUCGCCUUCCAGUGCUACCAUUACGCCCUGACUAACAGCUACAGCUGCAAGGAAAUGGGGGAGCAUUGUAUGUGCACCCUGGACCCUGAGGAUCCCAUCGCCCGCACUUUCUCCUACAGCGGUGUGACAGACUGCAGUGCCAUCGUAAGCACUCUACCCAUGUAUUACCUUCUGCAGAUGGUGCUGAACCUGGCUCAGGCUAUCGUCUGCCUGGUGGGGGCCUUCCUCUUAUGGAAGCACAGGUACCAGGUGUUUUUCGCUGGGCUACAGACGGGAUCUCCUUCUGCCCAGAAUUGGCAGAAAGUUUAGGCACUGAGAGAUUUCUCUGGAGAAGUAAACGUGUGGAGCGUGGGAGUGUUUGUGCCUUUAGGGAAGAAACUGUUUGCUGCAAUAUUUUAUGCCAUGUGAGCUUUUAUCAAAGCAGCUGAAUGAGUCUGCGUUUGUAUUGCCAUAUUAUAAUAUUUUGGAAAGUUUUAUGCAACCUUUAGCGUUAUUGUAUUUUUCUACAUGAAAAUUUCCGCUUGUCGAGGAGAGUAUUUUUAUCUAUAAAACCAGUAAGUGACACAAAACGAGGCCUGACAUUUUAGGAAAAUGAGCGACACAAUCUGUUGUGGCAAUGGCAUGCCUAAAUUUCCUUUAAUUGCCAGCAUUAAAUUUUGCUUAGUCAAAAAACCCAAAACACCUUAAAAUGCAAUUAUUCACAAAUUUACCUUUUUUUCUAACUUCAGGUGCAUUCAUCAUUUCUGAGACAAAAUCCCUGGUUGUUCAAUUACUGUUGGGAUUAUUAAAAUAUUUUAAAAUUAUGCAAUAUAUCAUGUAUUAAAUUAGAUUUCAUAUUUGCAUUUUUUAUUAUGUGAAAGAAUAUAUAUCGUUGAAUGCAUAUAUAUGCAUAAUUUUAAGAAAUUAAAAUAUUAUAGUAAAAUAAAGUAAAAUACUGGUUUCUAACUGUUAGACUUACAAAUCUGAUUUUAUUUAUAACUUCUAGUCUAUUAAUAAGCCAUAUUAAACACUCAUGAGAAUACACACAGAAGCAACACUCUUUAACAUUUCUUAGAUGAAACAUGAUUUCUAAAAUAUAACAUAUCAGUUAAUUGAAUACAGUACUGCUUUAUCUGAAGAACUGUCUAGAGCACUUAAAAAACAAAAGCACUCUGUACACAGCAGUCAGAAAUAGUAGGUGUGUGCAGUGACGAGGCUGGACAGGCUUGUGGACUGAAGUCACAGUUCAUACACAGCUAGUGAACAGCAGUCAGUCAGGGAUUGGGGGGAUUCAAAGGGGUACUUUGACAAACAGCAGGUCACUGCCUCCAGAUUCAUGCAAUGGCCUUUAACCUUUUUUUAUUUUACAUAUAGGUCUAUUGCAUAUUUGAAAUUUGUGGCGAGGUGAAAAAUGAGCAAAUGUAAAGCCUGACAAUCAAACCAAAAAGCUCUGUUUGUUAUCAUUAAGUCAUUGUCAAUGAAGCUUGUAAACCAAAUUAAAAGAACACUGCCAACAGGAAGAGAGCUGCCUGAGGUGUUAAAAGAGUCUGUUGCUUUAAAGAGACCUUCAGUCUGGUGUUUGGAAGAGAUGCAACAUGAUGCUUCAGCACAGAAAAAAAAACCCCAUAAAUGUAAGCUUUGUAUGACUCAUCUUUCCUUUGAGCUGAUUUCUAAUAAAAGGCAUUUACAUAA